CGUUGUGUUUUGAUUAAAUUUUUGGGAUAGUUUUCACAGGUGGAAGUUUAAAGCAAGCAAAAAUUAUUAAACUUACAUACAAAGUAGAACUCUUUAGCGCACGAAAUACAAAUUGUGGCAGAUAUAUCAUUAACAACCAGAAUCAGAAGAGUUUCCAAUCUUCAUUUGACCACUUUGACAACUUUAAAACCGGUCAUGAAUUGCAUGUAGAAGUACCCAGUUAUGGCUAGUGUGAUUGUGAAAAGCGGCGUAUUUAGUGAUUACAAUUGUAAAUGAAAGUUUCAAUUACUAGUGUUGAAAAUGCGCUAUUUUGCGGUUGAAGUGCAGUGCGAGUGCUUGUGAUAGAAGAUUCUGCCCCGGGGGCAGGCAAUUGGACCUAAAUUGCUCCCGAAUGUGUGAAAAACUGUCGCUCGUUCUGUGAGAAGUAGCACGAAAGGAAAAGUGAAACUCAGCGCAGUGUCUUCCUGCUGGUAUCGAUUUGUGUUUGUUUUAAUUUUUCGUUCCCAUUGGAAAAAGUUUUGGCUGCCCAAAUAGUGCGUUGAUAUAUAGUUUUAUUGAAUUACGGUGCUCCGGAGAAAAAUUGUGCAGUGAACAGACGGUAGCCCAAAGAGCUCCAACGACGGCGGAAGCAAUGAGUUAAACUUGAUGGGUGUCCCCCAUUUCGCCACCAGCAGCCUGAGAGCAGUGGAGCUACAAGAAGCACCAGCAGAGCGCACACACGGAGAAAAUGACGAAACUGGUUCAACAGCCAUCGUCGAGUGCUACUGAUCAGCCACUUCCAGUUUCGGAACCCAGUGACGAUCGCGAGCAGUCUCCACAGGCAAGUUCUACACCCGCAAAAUCCCUAACAACACCAACCGGAAAGCGACCUCAGCAGCUGCAACCGACGCCUCCACUUAGUAGGAGGACCUCAACACGUUUGACCUCAAUCCGAAAUGAUAGUCUGUCAUCAGCUUCUUCCACUUCGUCGUCGUCAUCUCUUUCCUCGGUGGGGGAUUGGGAAACGACUGAAACUAAACCAGCACCUAACGAAGAUGUCUUUAAAGUGCCAUCAACUACCCCCGGAGGUGUGUCAGUAUUUGGAGAAGAACCGACAGAAUCAGGUGUUAUCUGUCGUUUGCCAUUGGAUCGAUUACAAGCAAUUUUGGGUGCGCUGAAUAUUCUGAAAAAUCCUUCGGAUGGUGAGCCAGGAACAAGUUGCUCUAGUCCAAGUCCUAUUUACAAAUUGCUUUGUCUGUACUGCGAUCGAACGUUUACUAGCCAGACGUUAAUGGCCAAACACACGGACCGAGUACAUCGAAUAACGAAGGAGCGACGAAGUAGUAGCAGAGUAAUACCAGCGACCAAUGAUGGGGCGUAUCCCAAUUGUAGCUAUUGCAACAAGGGCAAAGUGGCAACAACAUCCGAGGAUCUUCCGCAACUGUUCAAACAUUUGGUCGAUCGGCAUUCCGAUCGAUAUUUUGCUUGCGAACCUUGCGGUGUACGAUUUCCUAGUGAUGAAUCCCGCGAUUCUCAUCUGGAAACACUUCAUCCGUCAAACGACAACCCGGAUUCAAGUCGCAAUCGGCCCAAAUCGAAAGCUGCCCUUAAAAGUUUCAACGUCAAGUCGAAAAGUUGCGAAAUUGUAACCACCCCGCUUACCAUUCAGGUCGACUUCGACACGGAAGCGAUGAAGAAUCUCACUAUUGAAAAUAUUGAUGCAGUAGAUUCUCUGUCCGCUGCCCUAGGGUUGGUAGGCUCAACCACCUCAAACACUACUCGCCUUCGAAGUUCAGGACGAGCAUCUGCUGCACGAUCGAUGACUUUAGCUGGAGGAUCAAAAUCAAAAUUAGCUAAAAAGUCUGACAAAAUGAUGAUGCGUUCCUCCGAACCGAUGCUUUCGAGAUUAGGCAUAGCACAGCAUAGAACUUCACAGCAGGGACGAAAAACGAUCAACACAAAAACCCGCCGGAAAACGGCGACUGCCGAUAGCGCCAGUUGUUCGUCUUCUCUCUCUGCAGCUUCCUCUUCUCAACCGGACAAUCACUACAACAAAAUUACCAAAUUGAAAACCAUUCGUUCCACCCUGAACAAUCCAAGCGGCAGCUCCGAGAGCGACUUUGUUGUUUCGCGUGGAAAGAAUGAUAUUGUCAGCACCUUUGACGAAGAUUUUUACGAAAAAGUCAAUGCAAAUGUUCGCCAAAACUUAAGCUGUCACCUAGAUGGUAAAAUAGAAGCCACUACCCCGAACGCACCAUCACCAAUCAGUCCUGUUGCGUCAGUUCCGGCAAUACGUUCUACCGUUGUCAAAAGUCCCCUCCAAUCGGAAAGUAAAAUUCACGAAGCCACCAAUUUACCGGCGCUGACUGUCUUUCCCACUUUGCUUACCGUUGAACAGUACGGUACGGAUUUAAUGCCCGUGACCAAAAUUAAGAAACCGAUCACAAAAAACUCCUGGAAGUGGAAAUGGGAUUUUGUCAAAAAGUACAAGUACGUUAGCGAGAACGGAAAAAUUGUAAAGAAAAUAAAACAACCAACUUUGGGAUUGCGGGAUCUGUCCAAGCUGGACAUGUGGACGCAGCUAACAAUGCGUACUAAGCACGAGCUGAUCCGUAAUCGUCGAAGUCUCUACCAACCGGGAAGCUCUAUUGCCGAAGUGGGUGAUAGUCUUCGACAAGAGCAACGCAAACAGGUCUACGAACUAAACCAGAUUUUGGACACACGCGUUCUGCCACAAAUCACACUCGAACAACACGAUCAAAGUAUUAUCAAGUUAGAAGCUGAAUCAGUGGAUGAUGCGAACCUGGCGGUAUCUCAACUGGCAGAUGCCCAGCGACUGUCCAACACUUUGGACGAAGACUUCAUCGAAAGUCUGCAGUUGUUGAAAUUACCGAACACAAGCGGUCGACUACAGGUCAUACUCAGCGGCGAGUGGGCCCGACCACGAUGUUACAUAUGCUAUUGUUGCGGUGACAAGUUUGGUUCCCUCAAACAGGUAGAAGAACAUAAGACUUUCCGUCAUCCGUACGUGUACUCCACCUACUAUGAGAUAGUCGGACGGGAACUUAUUGAAAAACAACUGUUCAAACAUUUUUUCAUCCCUCUGUCCGCUCUUACUAUGCACCGAAUCCACUACGCUCGUCUAUCAAACUACCCAUCGAGUAGCUUUGACCGUCGAACGCCACCAACCCGUCAACCGUCUUCUGAAUCUGCUGCCACCAUCACUGAGAUUAAAAGCGAAGAUUCCUCCUCGAACGAAGCUACCUCGUUUUCGACGGCCACCUCGUCCUCGUCGCUUCUUUCACUGUCAGGUCAAACUGCAACCAGUAUUGUAUCGUCCUGUUCGUCCCGAUCUACUCUGGACAUGCUACUUACGGCUGGUCAAGAUUUUACCACCUCAUUUACCACUUAUCCAUCCGAACCAGGACCGGUGCAGUGUUCAAAAUGUCAAAAGGAAUGUGUCAAUACCCUUGUACUGUACGCACAUAUCCUUAACUGUACCAACGACUACAUCUGGCUACAGGCGAAGAAACGAAUGAAAUAUCGACGGGCCAAUAGGCGCCGGAAAGGAUGUACCAAGGCGGCGCUGGCUGCGCGAAAGGCUGCCCAGUCGUCCACUGCUCAUGCUGCGGUCGAGAAAUCGGAAACGGCUAGUAAUCACUCCGGAGUCGAUGCAGACAGUAGUAGCAGCACUAGUGGCUCGGAAUCCAAGAAAAAGAUAAAAUCACCGCCCAGACCGAGGGAGAAAGACAGUGACAUAGUCAAGCGGUUGACAGCCAACCUGCCAGCGAAACGCAUCUCACGUCAGAUUUUCCAGAUGACAAAACAGAUUCGUAAGCGACCCCAAAUGACCAUAGUCAAGGGUAAGAAACAGGUUGUCUCCACUUUGGCUCCUUCCAAAGCCGGUGUACCUCGUGGUGCCUGUUCGGCUACGAUUACCAAGCUGCGUAGUGGCAAGAUUUCCGUCAUCCCUAAUGUCAUAAAAAAAUCAACAACAAAAAGUACAUUAUCAACAAAACCUCCCACUCCGAAACCUAAACAAUCGGAGCGAACACCAGAAGCAGUUCAACCGGAAGUUGAUGCAUCCGAGCAAGAUCAUGGGGAGGACACCAAAGAGACGAAAGUAGAGGAAAGCAAAAAUGAAAAUAUAGACAUUUCAUCAGCAACAGGUAGUAGGAAAAUGGUUUCUCGAGCGCGGAAUAUUCCGGUGCGUGCGAAACAUUUUGUUACCCGUCGGAGUGUGCAGUGGAAAAGUAAAAAUAAGAUAUUACCGUUCCGUAAAGGCACAUCCGGAAAUAGACGAAUACUGCGCAGUGGUGUUAAGGUCGUACCUGUGGGAGCAAAGAAGAAAACAAAGAUCGUAUCGCCAGUGAAAAAAGAAGUGGAGAAAGAAGCGGUAGAAGUCGAGGUGAAAGCUACUCCGAAAAAGAAUGGUACCAAACGAAAGGGAAGUAAAAGCCCAGAUGAAGUUCAGAGCUAUAGCGAAGACAAUCCAUCAGCUGUUGUGGAGGAAAAACUGUCGAACGCGAACGAUGAGCUGCAGAAGAAAGAUGACGAAAAAAGCUCAGAGUUGAGUGAACCAGCAGGCGACGAGAAGAAUGUUAAUCCAAUUAUUGAGCCUUGUGUUGAAGAAGUGCCUAAAGAAACUGUCGAGAGUCAGAAUAGCGAACUAAUAUUAUCUGAAGAAAAGGUGGAGCAACAUACUAAUGAAACGCCGGUUAAAGAAAACGAAUUGCCGAAGGAGUCAACAACAAUGGAAUUAAAAGCUGUACCAGAAGAAACGCCGAAUCAACCGAUAAUACACGAAGCAACUGAACCAUUAACCCCAAUUAAGUCCCCAACACAAGGGUCAGUACCUCCUUCGGUACCAUCGACACCCUCAAGUUCUAAUGCGCAACAUGCGAGCAAACGAAAGCCUAAAAAACUUAACGAUUGCAUUGCUAUGCUCACAGGAAAAUUGUCCGAGAAACUUGGUGUUGACUUUUUCAAUCAAGUGACGGCCAAAACCUCUGCACCUAAAAAGUCUCCACCAACAAUUGAAACACGGUCUUCAAAGCAAUUGUUGUUUCCCACUCCCGAUGCAAUACCGCCACAAACGCUCGCCGUCUUACCUUUGCAGAUACCUCCUCCUCAAUUAGCGCCACUUCCAUUGGUGAUGAACACACGACAUUCACCGGCUCCCCCAAAACCAGUAAUGCUCUCGCCAGUACCACCAAUCAUUACGCCGAUGGAAGAUAUCUCCGACGAACCACUAAAUCUAUCAAAAAAUAGUCCAAUCGGAAGAAGCAUUCCGCCUCGCUCAAGAGAUAUGUAUAACCAUCAACCAGGGACUCAACAUUUGACACCACCGCCUCGAUCACCUACAACACCAUUGUCUUCACCGCAUCAUUUGCACCCGCCAUCAUCACAUCAUAAGUCACCUCAUGCACAGCAACCACAACAUCAUCACCAGCCGCAACAGCACCACUUGCCACAGUUACAUCAACAGCCUCAGGGACCACCAACACCGACCAGAAAUCUUCCUUCGAUUAAGCUUCCACCUGGACUUAUCAUCGAACGAGUCGAAUACAAGUCCCGGCCUGUUAUCUCUAAAGAGGCCCCAUCUGUUACCAUCGUUGCACGCCGACAACCACCUCCAUCUAUGGAAAAUCGAUCAAUGCCAUCAUCGCCCGCCGAGUCUCCAACAAUGCUAUCGCCGGUUCGAAAGCAUCACAGUCAGCCACAGCAACAUUAUGGAGAUCCGCGAAAAAGCACGCCUCCCACGCAACAACAACUACCAUCUCCAAAGCAGCUACAGCCUCCACUGCAGCUGCCCUAUCAACAGCCUUCCAUUGCAUCAACGUUGCGGCAGGAGAGACCUCUCGAGAAUCGCAUUUCAGUUACUAUCACCGAGGCAAAGAACAGUGAGCAGCGCCAUCAGAGUUUAAUCGCCAAACAACCCCCAGUAACACUAAACAUACCUGAACGUCCACCUAUUAUCGAUCGGGCACCGGCUGCAAUAAAUCCAACCACUCUGAUUAUUCCUACUGUGUCCGCACCUGCAAUACCCGUUCAAUCUUCCAGUAGCAGCAUUAGCAGUAGCAAGCGCAAUCGGCGCAAGAGUAUGUACGUAACACAAUCCUCAAUCAAUGAAACGACAUCACCAGCUCCGGUUCCUUCGAUCGCACCGCCUGCUCCGUUCCUGCCAGGACUAUCGCCACUGUCAUUUCUUCCACAUUCUCUGCUAGCUGGCCCACCACUCGGGUUGGACUUGCAGCGUCUAGCAGCAGUCGGGCUACCACCUCAUUUGAAACCUCCAACCAUUCCUCCAUUGACCAUACCGACUCCGUCGACACCCUCGGCAGCCACGGCAGCUGCAGCUGCUUUACUCGAGAAAAUACUACUGCCGAACCGGGAUAUGAUUGUACAACAGUUAGAGAAUGCCGCUGCACAGUCUCGAGCUUUGCGUAUAUCUCCCGAGGCGAAGAAAGUAUCAGAAGACGUGGCCCCAGUCAGUGUCCAAGUGCAAACUACGCCUGACUCGAAAGAAGUUAUACCUAUCCCAGGACAACCUACGCUAGAAAAGAAAGCUCGUUCCCGGGCCAGAACAUCCCGAGCCAAAUUACAGAGUGUUAUUGUUUCCCAUGCGGAAUCGAAUGUCAUUUCUGUGUUAGACAAUGCUGAAGUGCCCGAAAAAGACUGUCAACCAGUGAUUACGGAGAUGCCCAAGGCUGUUGAUCUACCAACUGAAAAGGCUCCAGAGAAUACUGAGCCUGAUAGACCAGAGACACCUGCAAAACCGAUAGAACCCUCAAUAGUAACAGUCGAUCCGAAGGUCUUGGAAUCCGAUCAGAUUGAAGAUCCGAAAACUUCUGAAACUCCUACCGGAAGUCGCAGCAGUACAAGCGCAAAAACUAUCCGCAAACGGCGGAAAAAUGAGCUCGCUUCCAUCCUAUCCGAUCAAUUACUUGAGAGCUUUAAAGAAGUCGAUCAAUCUGCUUUACAGGAUCUCAAAAUGAUGCACGAUAUGUCUUGUGAGAAACCGGAUGUGAAAUUCUCCCUGGAACAAAUUCCUCAACUAGCGAAGCGUAAAAUUAAUCCACGCAAUCCAGAACUUCUAGCUAGAAAUUCUCCUACCGUUGGUAGUGGAAAGAAAACGCCAGCUAGAAAGAGUGGUGGUAAGGACAUACAGCGAGAACAAAGUACCGACGAAGUGAAAGAAAAGGACCAAACCGAUGAGCAGAUUGAGGAAACAAAUGUUCCGAAAUGCGAAAGUAACACGGACGGUGAAAAGGUUGAUAUUGGAGUGACAGUGGAAGAGCAAAAGUGCAGUGAAAAUAUUUCUUCAAAUCAGGAAACAGUCAAAGAUAUUGCAUAUAGUGAUGAAAAUGUUGCAGUUUCGGUGAACUUACCUGUGAAAACGACAACGAAGAAAAAUGCUAAAAAACCAGCUGAAAUCAUCUCAGUCCCAGAAGAAAAACCAACUAAAUUUGCUGAAAAAGUUGAUGCUCCAGAACCUGCAAAGCAGCCGCCGAAACGACGAACGCGAAAAUUAUCCAUCGAUAUCGAUCGGAUGGCGGGACUCGAACGAAAAGGUCGACAAAAGCAACAAUACCUGAACCAACUGGCAAACCUCGAUUUAGCAGAAAAGUCAACAGCGCCCAAAAAGACAAAAACUACUAAAAAGAGUGAACCUAAAAAAUCCGACGAGGAAAAGUCGUGCAAUGAAAACGGCCAAUCGCAACAAACGGAGAAGGCAGAAGAAAUGACGAAAAAGGAACAACCACCAAUUGAGGAUGGCAAAACAAAGAAAAAAUCUACAGCCAAAGCACGUUCUAAAACUCCAUUUCCUUUUCCUAAUCAGAAACAUACAGAAAAAACUGAUCUGGAUCGAUUGAAAGAUUCGUUAAACAUUGAAACACCCACGAAAAAGUCGGCCAGUAGGAAGAAGGUAGUAACACCCGUUGAACCAGCAAAAAAGAUUGAUGAGAAUCUUUUAACACAACGAAAGAAACCCGCAACAACCGUGCAACUCCCGGAAAAGCUUGAAAUUACCCUUCCGUCAAUACCCUCCGAGCAACCGAAAAAAGUUGAAACACCCACUGAGCCUCCGAAAAAGCCCGAUGAAAGUGAACGACUAUCGCUAUCUCUACCACAACCAUCAUCAGAAAAGUCGUCCACAAAACGGAAGAGUGUUAAGGUGAACGACGCUAAUGAAUGCAUGACAGAUGACAGUGGUCCUUCUCCGGUUAAAAGAAUGAAAGACGAUAAUAGGAUCCAACUGCUAGAAGAAACUGCGAAAUCUCACUCUCCUAAACGAUCAAAGACUCCUACUGAGGUGGAGUCGAAACAGAGAACUCCAUCGCCAGCAGUUGCUCCUCAGAAACCAAAACCGAAGACACCAACGGUACCAAAACGCAUCAUGGCACGUAGGUCGUCCGUGUUUGUUGAUAAGAACCUAGCACAAUACAUGAAACAAAAGGAUGCCGAGCAGGAACUGCUGGCAAACAGUAGCUUCAAGGAUGACCUGAUUCUAACAUCCCGAAGAGGAACUCGUAGUCAAGGCGGAGUAGAUUUCAACUUGGUAGCGAGCUUCGCUGAAACGGCGAUGAAACCCAGAGAUCCUAGACGAAAAUCGGCUGCUGCAGUUGCCGCAGCAGCUGCAUCGGCAAAGCGUGCCGAGGAGAAGCUUCGAGAAGAGAAGGAGCGAUUGCAACGAGACGAAGAGAUAAAGCAGGUUGAAUUGUUCAACAAAUCUACGGCUGUGGCUCCUCAAUUGCGUAGAAUUAGCACACGUCGGGCUUCUGUGUUUGUUGCUUUACCACCAGAAAAGGAGCAACCAAAACAGCCAGAAGAGAACCUAGCUGAAAUUGGCAAAGCUACUAAACGACAGUAUAGGCGGCGGGCAUCCGUGUAUCAAUCAACGUCCUUCCUGGAUGAAGAAGAACAGCAGAAGAAAGCCGAAUUAAAGUCAAAUACGACACGAUCUAAGACACCUGGACCAAGUGAUAUGUGGGAUCAAGAGUUGAAAUCUGUUGGCCGUAGGCGUAACCAAAGUUCUGUGUUCAAUGGCACUCCAGAACCUACAAUUGAAUCACUGUUGGAGCCAUUAUCAAUACCAACGGGGACUGGAACAAAACGUCGAACGAAAAAUAGUCAACUGGCAGAAAAUCUGUCAAAACUGUUUAAUAUUGAGGAAGAGAUACAGCUGAUUGAUCGAAGCCGGCGGAAACCACGUAAGAGUAAUACUCCGGUGACAUUCGAAGCUUCCUUUGCUAGCUCCACCCCGAUCAAGGCUCAGGGUACUACUGAAACGAAGAAGAUUGACGAGUUGGUCAAAGUAGUCGAGACUGAAGUGGCUAAGGUUAGCAUUGCUCCUAAACCACGCGAGUCGCUGUCCUUCUCGAAUGAUGACGAGGAUGAUUCGCCCAAGCUGAAUAAACUCGUCCAGGACAUAAUUAAUAAAUCCGAAUCAGAAUCGGAUUCAGAAGACGACAAUAUGUCAUUAGCCUGCUUUGUUCGCCGCGAGGAAAGCUUCCUGAGGCCAACUGGGCAGCAUUCAACUAUCCAGGAAACCAUGGACGCGACAGGUGGAGAUGAGAGCAACAGUGCAAUGGAUGACGAUAUAAGUGUAACGACGGAGACUACUAGCUUUGGUGGUAGUAUCAAAAAACGCAAACGACGAAAGUCUAUCUGCGUGACGAAAUCGCGACGAGCGAAGGUUCCCGUUGAUAACAGUAAACCAGUAAUCACGUUUAAUUGUGAUUUGUGUCGAAAGGUGUUCAAAAAGCAAGAUGCCUAUAAUAAACACCGGAUGACACUGUCACAUAUCGCGAAGCUCUCCGAGCAGGAAUAUCUGGAGGCACAGCAAAAGGAACAAGAAGCAGUUACUGCUGAGAAGCAACCGAGUCCUAUUGCUUCAACGGAAAUUUCAGCAAUUGCCACUUCCCCACCUAACACCAUGAAAAAUCUAAGUCAAGAAGAGAAGCUUUUCUAUGAGUGCUGUUCGAUGCUGAAGGAAUCCAAUGCCGACAACGAAAAUCUCAAUCUGACAGUAUCGUUAAAAUCCGAUGAAAUGACAAAUCCUGGCAUUGCUAGUGAUCAGAUUGCACCACCUGAAGUAAGCGUCACCUAUCCGAACCCGUUCGCAUCACUGCCGCAGCAGAAUAAAACUACUGACAAUAGUUGCUUCAACAUGGGUGAUAGCUUUCCGUCCUUCCCUGAUGUUAGUGAAAGCGAAAACUACAUUCAAACGAUCAAUCAGAGAAACUUGGACGAUCCGUUCGCGAAGCUCACAGCAGCUGGAAAUGUACAACAAUUGUGUACUUCAGAUAACGAAGGGAACCUAUCGCCACAUAAUUCAACCAAGUCAAGCAGCUCGCAGGCGUCUGUGUUUUCGCAAAAAACGUUCAAAACCAAGGGGGCUCUGAAAGGGUACGACAAUUUUAAAGUUUCUAUACCUAUGAGUGGCAUUCAGAUCGCAAAGGAAUCAAAGCUAGAUACUUUGGCGGAUGUGGCUCUCUGUGGGGACAUACCAAAAGAGUUUCAACUCAAGGAUAGCGAAGAAGAAAAGGAUAGUUCCCCGAAGGUGGAAUCCCCGCCGAAGGACGAUGAUUCUCCCAAGAAUGGUCUACAGACGGGUGGAAGGCGAGUACCAGCUAAAAAGGAACAAUUUGCGAACAAGUUAGGUUUUCGAGCAAAGAAAAAGGCAAUCUCCACUCCGAGUACUCCUAGUAGAGCUACUCCGAAAAGAACAACACAGAAAAAAUCUAACAACAGCGCAGGCACCCCUACUCUCGGCCGGAGUAGACCAGAUCCUGAUGAUAUAUAUGCAUUCCAGGAUUCUCCACCCGAGGAAAUGAUACUUCCUCCGUCAUACACAUCGAACAAGAAAUUAACUACUGGCUCAACAGUGGUUGGAAACAAAAGCACUGCGGAUCAGUCUGUUACUACCGAUCAGGGCGAGGAAAGUCAGCUAUCCAGUUUAAGUUUCUCCGAUCGGGAUGAUUUCAUCUAUGGUACUAACACACUGAGCGAGGAGGAUGAAGAUGACAAGAGUAGCAGCUACAGUAGUUCACAGACGACACCUAAGAAACCCGUCAAGGCGGACGUACAGAAAAAGAGUCUCAUUAUGGGACGAAUUUUCAAAAAAUCCAAAGAUAAGCCCAAGGAGGACUCAGGUGCCAAAAAAGUAUCACCCGCAGAAGUUGAGGAUGCUGUCAAACCAGUGGCGAAAGAUUUUGAUAAAUUAUUUGACACACUGAAAAAGUUAGAAGAAGUGGAGAAGAAGACUGAACCAGAGAGCAGCGCACCAACGGAAAAUGAACCUGGUAAUGAGAAUGUCGAUUCCAAGUUACUGGAAGAGUACGAAGAUGAAAAGGGUAAUAGGAAACUACGAAGAAGAAGUACACAAAAGAAAUUAACAGAAACAUGGGAUUCGGAUGAGUAUGAGGACUUCAACUUGGGUGAUAUCGUUGGUUUGAUAGAGAAAAAAGACGAACAGGAAGCUAGCGAAGACCGACCAAAGCCAAUGGAAUCAAAAGCGAAAGGGUCUAUCGAAAAUGUGAAAAAAUCUGAAGAAUCACCACUGAAAGCUAUCAAUCAGCCUGCCAAGGAGCAAGCCACGGCAAAAGUAAAAACCGUUGCAGACAAAAAACCCAUCGUUACGGACGAAACGAUUCGACAGGUUAUGGAAAGUGUCAUCAUGGAAGUGUCGAUGAGCAAAAAUCACCGAACAAGGGAUAACAAACGCCGCAGUAAAGGGAAACCAGCCGCCAAGGGUUCAGCAGAAGAAAACGAACCUGAGAAACCCGUCAACAAAGUUAGUAGUUCAGAUGCUGACAACGAAUUAGAUGAACAUAUCCUGGAGUCGAGUGUGGUCAUUUCCUCGAGAACCAUCACCACCAAAUUUAAGCAGAAACUGAACUCCGCUCAGGCCGGAAAACAGAAACAGCAGCAAUCGAAGCAGAAGCAAAACAAAACUGUCGCCGUAGAUGAGCCUAAUAACGAAACCGUCGAUAAUACCGCCAACAACAACAACACCCAAAGCCAAAAGACGAAAACCACCAACAAACCGAAAGAACCGCGAAAGGAUCCAGCGGAAUCGGCGACAAAGAGUGCAACCACUGCCACCAACAGUAGUGCCAAGUUGAAACAACGAAAAGGUCCACCAAAAAAGAUGAAAAAUGUCGCGUACGAUCCGGACAGUGACUUCGAGGAUAACAUCAAAUGUAAGAAGGUGAAAAAGAAACUGCUUGAAAAUGACAUUGAGGCGAACCUGAAAAUCGAACAGUUGAACGCAACACUUAGCGACAGCAUUUUGAUGCCGGCACCCCGUCGGAAACGAAAUGCGGCUGAAACUCUCUACUUUUGGUCGUCGUCUAGCGAGGAGGAUGACCUGGAGUCAGACUACGUGGAAGUAUCCGCUCCAACGAAGGGCAAAAAACAGAAAAAGAAAGUUGCCGCCAAACCGAAACCGAAACAGGCAGCGGAAGGGCGACAGCAGCAGCAGCAGAAAUCAAAGCAAAAACAGCAGCAACAACAAACGACGCAGCAACAGCAGCCGAAACAGACGGUUGGUGCAACAGUUGAAGCCGGUACCGGCGAUGACACCAGUAGUAGCAGUGAACACAUGCAGCAGCAGCACGGUUGGAUAGUGGGAGAUUCGCACAAAAAGUUAGUUACGCUUCUCGCUCAUGCCAAGGGCAAGCAGCAGGACAACCGGACGGUGAAAGCAGCGAGCAAUCGACGGAAGACGUAAGUAGUUGCUUUUUGUUAGAUGAUAUUGUAUAUAAUGUAUUUUUGCGAUUAAUCGAGAAGGAAUUGUAACAAACAGUGGCACUGAUUGAAGGUUUAUUGGACUGCCUAUUAUAGUGUAUAUUAAAAUAUAUGUCUGGCUUAGAAAGUUGCUAUAAAAUUUCCUAAUUAAUUUUUUGUGACUGAAUUGAGCCAUAUGCUUUCUAUGAAAGAGGUUCAGUAUCAGGUUCGUUAUGAAGGAUGCUACAUUGUUUUGCAUGUUCACAACUGGACAGAUAGUUACAUAAACGUCAUAAACUGCAAAACAGCAAGAAUAGACCAAGGGACUUUGAAGCGCCCUGCAACAAAUCGUGAGUUCUGGGGGACGUGUAGUAUAGUUGGUAUACAGCCAACCAUAACAUUUCUAGAAGAUUUCAAAUACUUCUGAAAGGUACAUUAUUUUCGAGAGCACGCUAAUAGAAAUAUUUUUUGAGAGCAGAAAAUAACGAUUUAGUUCUAGGUUGACAAUUGAUAUACUAGAACAUGCUGGGCAUAACGGAUACAGCUGCCUCUCUACGCGUAAUUGUCCCAUGAGUAUAGGAAAUCCCAUUGCACAUGAAACUGUUAUACGUAUGGCGGUUGCACAGUAGAGUAUACUCAGGGAAAGAUAGACAUUUUCUUAUGCGAAUAUAAAGCAGAAUGAGAUCAAAUUGCAUAACAAGAAAUAGUGUUAUUAUCCGUAUCCUAUGUUGUUUACUUUGGUCAAGAUUGAAAUUCUGGAAAUGAAUUCUACCGUAUUAUUUUGCCUUAUCCGACCGAGAUUUAUUUUGCUUUUUUUAAUGUACCUAUAAUUGAAUAAUAUACGCUAUAAUAAGCCGCUAAUGAAGUUUUCACCUAGUGUUCCAUUGUAUUGCAUAAAUUACGACAAGUAGGCAAAACGACCUGUCGAAAAACUAAACGACACAACAAAUUGUGUGGCCAGAAGAUAGAGGAACACACCAAGACUGUAAGCGAAAUGUAGCCGAUGGAGCAAGAGCCAGAAAAUUGUUUAGACUAAAUUUACGGAGCAUGUGUAUAAAUUUGUGAUAAGGUGGAGAAAAAAAGCUUCAACAUAAUAUUGAAAGAAAAAUAUCUCACUCUACGAUAUAAAUUAAUCACUAUACUAAGAAAGAGAAAAAUCAACUGGUAGCAAAAAUUUAGUAUACUUUCCGUUUAGUUAAUCGAUGCUGGUUUGGAUGAUUGUCGUGUAACUGCACCUAACCAAACGUUGGCAAUGGUAUUAAACGCUCUUUUUAUUCGAUAAUAACUACUGAUUGUGUAUAAGUUAUCAUUAUCCCUGUAGGUAGCGGAGAGAAUGUUCAUUCCGUUUAUAAAAUGGGUAAACUGUGAAACUAUGCUCCAGCUGCAAGUUUGCCGUCGUAAUGUUGUUUCCACAGGAGAUGAAUCAUUCAAUCGUACUGAAAGUAAAUAGAUAUAGUUUUAUAUAGCAAAAAAACAACAAAAAACUGAAAAAAUUAAACUAAUGUUGUAUCCUACCCAGCAAAAUAGGACAUUGAAAUGAACUCGAGAAACAUGCUGGUUUCUGACUAAAUUUGAUGAAACAAAAUAAAAAUUAUAAUCUAGUUCAUGUAUAGUUAUAUAAGGGGUAGCUAAAGCUAUGGACAUAGCAACUGAACAUUAUGAAGGUUAGAGCGAAUUUAUUUUUGUCCUUCCAAACCACGUUCAAAUUACGUUAACAAUCGAACGACUGUGCAAAAUUAGUUGAAUUAAGUUAGAGAGAUAGAAAGAGCUUUUUAUUUUUCCCCUAUUUUUCCCCCUAUGUUUUAAGCAAACAGUCAACUCUAGUGUAUAGGGAUUUAUGUACGAUAAUCGCUUUACGGUUGCCGGGAUCUGAAAAAUAAAUAGAUUGUAGGAUUUUAUCCCGUCCUAAACAUUUCACACCUGUCUACCUAUUACCACCUAUUACGUUUUUGCGUUUAUUUAAGUUACCUUUUCAGCAUAUGUAAUACCAAUAGAACAUAACCGCGCGUAAUAGUUUUUCAUUGAAAAAGAACGAAUCUAUUUCAUCACAUUUUAAGUCGAUAGAGAUUGCAUGUUGUUUUUCGUUUGCGCCAGGACUAUAUUAUCAAUCGCUUAAAAACAUAUAAACAAAAUUCGUUCCUUGUUGGGGUGCCCCCUUCCCUUCACCGCUCCCUCAAUUUAGCACAGAAACUAGUGGUUAUGUGCAUCCUCAGCAAAAGUCGGUCGAUGACCCAAACAAAACUUGUGGUUGGGUGCUGGACAUAUAACUCGCCGAUGGGGUCGGUGCGUGCCGCCCGUCAAUAUUGUCAGUCAAUUUCUCGUAUGCUUGUUUCGUUUUAUGAAUCCUAGCCAGGGUAGAUUUUCUCGAAACUUUCUGAAUUUGUAAAUGUUGGAGCGAACCUACUCCUCCGGAAUCCAAAAGCGAAAUCAGCAUUAAUUUCUGAAUACUCUUCCCGUUGAAUCUAAAACCUAGUUUUCAUAUUUCUUCAAUUAUUAUUUGUUUGCAAUAAUAUGUAAAAUAUAAAAGAUGCUAACAUAAUUUAGCCUAUAACAUCUUACAAGCAUCUUUUACUUGGGAAACUUCUGAAGAUAGGCUGAUGUUUAUUAUUUGCAUGAGGGCUGUUUCCAAUUUAUUCGUUCGGCACAAAUCAAUGCAGAAGACACAUCAACGCUUUUUUGUGAAAAGGGCGAUACUUACAAAUGUAAACAUAAGGCUUUUUUCAUACAUGCAAAUGAAGGCUUUAAAACGCAACAAAUUAACCUAAAAAUUUGGAUUCUACGAUAUUGCUUUCUUAAACUACAGCAAAAAAUACAUCGGGCGAAACUGUAUUUUUGUUUGUUUAUUUAAAGUUUCGCCCUCCACGCUCCAUGCAAACAAGCAGGGCGAUACUUAUUUUGCUAGCAGCUUAGAGGCGAAACUGUUUUUUUCGAAUUUUUUUUAGGAUAAUCUAGCUGAUACCAGCUGUAAAUAGUAACAAUGAUCGCUAUUGAAAAAACCCGGACGAAAUCGGUGGUAUAAUACGGUAGUUAUUGUAAAAAAAGGUAAGGGCGAUACUUCAAUGCUGAUAGGUGGGACCGAAAAAGUAAACAAUCGCCAAAGGGGCGAUACUAUCAUUUUGUCGAUUUAAAUAGCAAAAACAAAUUUUAAUUUAAUAAUUUCAAACACUUUAUGCAGUUUUGGGUUUCGAUCACUGAAUCAUGCAAUCUAGGAUGCAAAAAACACAAUAGUUCUUAAAUAGGAAAUAAAACCAAGACUUGAAAUAUUCUCUGUUGAUUUUCUGUGAAUGGUGUCACUGCUAGUAUCGCCCUUUUCAAGAAAAAGCGUUGACAUCAUUUUGUUAUACUAGCGCUAGUUGUUAGCGAUAAUCUGUUACGAAGUGUUUGGAUUCUGCGUAAUUUUUAGUGCGCUUGAUAAUAUUUAGUUGUCUUUUCAGGAAUAUGCAGCGCAACCUAAUAACUGUGGUUUUUUCCUUAUAAAUCCUCUUCAGGUUGGACAGAGAAUGCGCAAAAUUCGUAAACGAAAAAAGCAGUUUUUUCCACACCGUAUGUCAGAUCUACAUAAAAACCAAUCGUAUGUAGAAUGUUGUUACAGUACUGCUGAUUGAUUUUUAUGAAAAUCUGACAUACGGUGUGGAAAAAACUGCUUUUUUCGUUUGCGAAUUUUACCCUUUCUCUGUCCAACCUUCACCUAUGCAAUCGUCGCUGUUGUCUUGCCGUUGGAGGUUGCUUCUUUUCGCAUUCUGCGCUGUACUAGUAUUACAAGUUACGUUAUAAUUUUCAGAUGUCGAUUAAAAACAAGUCAUAGUUUAGCUAUGAUUUUUUAUUUGAAGAUUGUAACUGCUUUUGGUUGCAUUCUUUUGUCUGUUUCUGUUUGUUGCUACCCUAGGAAGCAGUUUGCUGCCAGUAUAGGUCCGAGUUUAGUCGUGAAUGAAGCUUCUUUAAGGCUUACUUUUUUUUGUAAUUGCCAACACAAUCGACACCUAACGAGGCAGAGUGCGGUUGUCGAGCAACGAUUUCGGUCAAUGCGAUGACGCCAUAACAGUAGCCCGUGGUCGAUGUCAAAUAGUUGUCCGUUGAUAUAUUUAAGCCACUGACGUUUUAAUAUUAAAUUUUUAAGUUGAAGAAUGGAUUAGGUUCGGCUGGAGUGGCAUCGACUGUAGUAACAACAGAGAGCGUAGCAAUGUUACCGUUUUGAGCGGAAUGGAAGGUCCUUUCAUCAAUCCUAUGAACAGUAUCGGAACGGCUGACGUUCGCUGAUUCAACUGCGGUGGGGGACUCGAGGCAUCCCGUAUCAGCUGCGUUGCGCCCCCGGAAACAUCAAUCGACGUCAACGAGAGAAACGGUUGACAUCUGGUCAGAAGCAGAGGGAAAAUUACUAAAAACGGAGAAUAUGCCAGCACUGAAUGUUUUCCGUGUAGAUUUAGAUGGUGCCAUUUGUGGCUAAUUGGAAGACCUUUCCACCCAUCCCACACACAGAACUGAAAGGAUUGAUGCUCGCAUUGCGUCCCAAGAUGCGCUCAACAACAACACUCCUCCCCAAUGGUUUUGUAGCUUGAUAUAGCGGCAUUCUCAAUUAUUAUGCUAAUGGUCCGAGUAACAUGAGCGGAUUUCAAGCCUCUUCUAAAGGAGACGGCCACAAUAUGUUCUUGGUAGAACUAUCCUUGAAUUCUCUGAACGGUAAGCCUUGCAGCCAUGUAUCAGGGUUAAGAGCUGUAGCGCGUUACCUUGGGCGACCUCCAACUUUGAAGGAUAUGAAGCUCAAAGUGCUAACGUCAGUGCCUUUUUCACAAUCUGGGGUAACUUUUAUCGCUGUAGUUUAGUCCUUCUUUGGGCAUUAUUUCGACAGUCUUGCUAGGAAAUAUACAACCAGAGCAAUGGUGUAGGAAGUGUUGUUACGGUUCAACAAUGUAGCUAUUAUCGACUAGCUUUCGAUCGCCAACAAGAAUAUUGAAUGAGGGCCAUCCUCGCGACGAUGUUUCUGAGGUGGUCGAGAGAAGUCUUGUACGUUUCAUUGGAAACGAGCCAUUCAAUCAUUUUGAGGCGACGAAUUGAAUUGGCGCAGCUGAAAAACGUCGAAACAUAUGUAUUACCCAAGUUCAAUGUGUGCUAAUUAUUUACUCCAAUUGAAUUUGUCAAUAAAACUGACUGAAAACUGUGCUUCUAAAGUUUCAUGUUUUCGUAUGUUUUAUUUACAAUAAGGUUUUUACGCAAAUAUGUCUCAGCAUUUUGGAAUGCCAUCCAUGAUGAUGAUAAUGAGGGUACUGGCAUUUUUACGAUUGUAUACUAUUCCCCUGAUAAGCAUUCCCCAGAAAGCCUUUCCUCAGAAUUCCACCCCCCAGAAUACUAUUCCCCAAAAAGUCAUUUCCUAGAAUGUACCAUUCCCCAGAAUUUUUGUGACUUGGAUGCUCACCCUAUCACCUGAUUCACUCUCCAUCAUACCACUCUAUUACACCCCUGUCGCUCCCCCUGGCAUCCCAUGUGGGACACUUUUCUUAGGCCCCACUACUGACAUACCAUGUGAGGCUUACUUGGGUGCUCACCGUUUUCAUAUCUUGUGAAGCUGACUUUUGUGCUCACCUCUAACAUCGUUUCGUUUCGUUUUUUUAUUUACGUGACUUUAUCACCUCUAACAUAACAUGUGAGGCUGACUUUUGUGCUCACCCCAAGGGAUGAGUCGCUUAGAACAAUGUGCCAUACACACUGUAUCACCUACUAUAACACGAUAUAAGAUUACGAUUCACAGUAAUACAUGAUCAUUUCACUCGUUACCACAAUGUGUGGCACAAUGAGGCACACUUUUGACAACUCAAAAACUGUCAACAAAGUGUAGUUGAAUAAUCAUAGCAACCAUUGCUUUUGUUUUACUGAACACCAUGGCACAGCGUGACACAUCGUCGCACAUUGCGGCACAAGCUACUACGCUGUUUGUUUGUGAGCACAAUUCGAUUUGUGCUAAGCGACUCACCCCUUGGCUCACCCUGACACACCAUACAUACCGUGUGAGGCUGACUUGGAUGCUCACUCUUCGCUCCUCUGCCACGCCAUGAGGCUUCGAUAGCUAAGUCCCAACAUACUACGCUACGACCCUCCCAUCUUGGCAUGAGGCAGUCCACAUAUACGCCUAUAGACUCGCUCUUCUGCUUUGCUUCGGGGUGGCUGGGUUUACCCCUUACACGGUUGCCAGUCGCUGCGCCAAACCUGCCUCAGCAUGAACAGACCAUUCACUCACUUUUCUGCGCUCGGCGUUUUUCGCUGCAACUAACCAAUCACUAGUUAGUCGUGCCCGUCAUCUGUUGCUUGGUGCGCCAGAUUCCCUGUAGCCUGCAGGCAAUCGGGGUGGUUGCAGUCGAGACUGCGUUCCACUUCUCCACCGCUUGACACAUCCGCUGAAUAAGGGUAUCAGGGGUUGUGUCCCAGUCGCAGACGUCAAGCAUUGCUCUUCUUUCGACGUCGAAACGAGGACAUACGAACAGUACGUGUUCGGCAGUUUCGUCGACACCUGGGCAGUCAGGGCAGACGGGGACCUCCGCGUGCCCGAACCUGUGGAGGUACUGUCGGAAGCAGCCAUGGCCUGACAGGAAUUGUGUCAGAUGGAUGUGAACUUCCCCAUGGGGUCUGCCUACCCAGCUCGAUAUGUUAGAUAUCAGCCGGUGGGUCCACCUACCUUUCGAGCAGUUAUCCCACUGACGCUGCCAUCUGGGGACCGAAGCCUCCCUGGUGCGCUCGCGGGCUCCGCUAUUUCCACGUAGCUCGAAGCACUCCUCAUCUUCCCGGAUGACCAGCCCGACUGGCAUCCUGCUCACUAUCACGCAGGAUGCAUCAUGUGAUACGGUGCGGUAAGCAGAUAUCACUCUGAGGCACAUCAAGCGGUAGGUGCUCUCCAGUUUCUGUAGGUAACUGGUUACCCUCAGUGCUCUUGACCAUGACGGACCGCCAUACCUGAGGAUAGAUACGGUAACGCCUGCCAGUAGCCUACGCCUACUGGCGCACACCUUUGAGCUGUUGGACAGCAUCCUCGAUAAUGCCGCAACAGCAGUCGACGCUAUCUUGCAUGUAUAGUCGACAUGGCUGCCGAAGGUCAGCUUGUCGUCUAUGAUGACUCCGAGAGACUUCAGACUCCGCUGUGAGGUGAUCACGACUUCUCCCACAUGGAUAACUGUAUCACAGACUAACAGACAUAACACUACGAGGGAAUUCCCUCGAAAAACAUCGAUUCGACAAUUUUCCCAGAACACUAGCUCCACCUUUUAUUCACAGUCCCAAACACUCACUUACUGGUGGGUUACCCCUCAGGUUUGGGAACAAUUUUUCACUAGUGGCCUAUCCCCCAUAUGCUUGUUCAUAUGUCAGUGGCGCCAUAAUUUCAAAUGUGGCCACAGUCCCAACUACAAAUAUAUUUAAAAUGACCGUUGAAGCGGGCGAAGCUUUGUUUUUGAGUGUUAUGUCUGUUAGUCUGUGACUGUAUGUUGUGCCGACUUGCGGUUGUUGACGAUAACUACCUCCGUCUUAUGCUGAUGAGUCCAAGCUUUGCUGAACCGUCCGCGAAUAUACUGCGCAAGUAGAUGUAUGCGCCGUACGCUACGGCUGAGGCAUACACGAAACCAUGUAUCUCGUAUCCAAUGGCAUCUGAAUACGUAAUACAACUGUGUCAUCUUGAUAAGGUUCGACUACGGCAAUGCUUAUUGCAAAGUUAACCACGCUUACUGAAAUUGCUACUCCACGAUGUCAUCCCAUCCCGUGUUUGUCUUCCAAAGUUGCUAUAUCAGAAGCUUUGCCACGAUGAUAAACGGAACGAACAAACUGUGUGGAUCGAAAAAUUUCAUUCAAUGCGAUUUCAGAGUAGAUUGUUCGUUUUGUUAUCCUUUCAAUUUGUGUCAAUACUGGUCGAUGCUGAUGGGCGGGGUAGGAUCCCUCAAUGGCCUCAUUAGCUCCAUAUUCUUGAAGUCAGGUGCUUUUCAUGGUCCUCGGACGGUAUGUGUUCUAUAAACUCGACGGAAUUUGAACACUAUUUGUGUACGGGAAAACAAUCUCUGGCAAGCAAUUGCUUUAAGGGGGGCGUAUGGUGUAAAGUGUUCAAACCAAAAGUUAUUUUUUACCAUUUUGAAGGUAAAGCAACAAUGGAUCUUUUAUGUAAUGUUAAGAUUUAUUUAUUCAUUGUGCACGAAAAAAAUAUUUUCAGUCAUGCAGGGCCACACACACGAGUGUUCCAAGAGUAGAUGUUCACGUCGUUUUCACGCCGAGGAGCGCCGCGGCGACCACAAUAACUCUUGAUAAAAUUGUCUGAUACAGGAAAUUCAAUAAGAUUUGUAAAGCUUCGACUUGUAGUUACUCGAUGAACCAACAAAAAUAGAAAAAGUACGAGUUUUGGAAAAUGGUUUCAUGAAAAACCAAAAAAUCAUGAAAAUAUUUUACUGUAAAAUUCGCUCUUUUUUCUUCAAAAUAAUAGGGAAAAAAUUUAUUAAUAUUCUGUGGUUCAUCGACAGGCUACACAUAUUGUGCAUUCUCAUAAAAAAUCAAGCCAAUUCGUUGAUUAGUUUUUGAGUUACCGUGUUCGCCAAUUUAAAAAAAGCGGUUUCUAGAAAAACGCUAUUAAAGGGUGUCCCACAUCAAAUUGCACCACAGAAAAAACGCUGUAGAAAAUGAACCAAUCAUUGGGUAUUUUCUCUUGAAAAUUUGGAUAGAAGUAGUUUAGAGUGUAUUGUUUACACUAUAUAUUUAUCGUUGCAAGUUUCUCGAAAAUUGUUGCCGAUAGAUUGAAAUCUGCGUAUGUUACAGCAAAUACGCGCGAGCAAUUCAUGGUGGUUUAUAACAAAAGCAGUUCGAUGUGGCCACCGAGAUUGCGAUAUACUAUUCUAGAGGUUCAAUACUAAGAAUUAAGCGGAUGAAAGGAAGUCGAUUCUUUUUGCCCACUACACAAGACGCUCCCCUUAACUGAUAGUGAUAUUCGAUUGCUUCUUCGACAGUGUCAGACAAGAUGUCGUCCAUAUAACAGUCCUCCUUAAGAAUGCAAUCGGCUAUCAUGUGGUUCUUCUUCGGCAAGCUGAUUCAGGCAUUGAGUGACUUGAUACGGGGCGGAUGCGGUUCCAUACGUUAUAGUAUUCAAUUCCAAAACUCGAAGUGAAUGCAUUGGCUGUUCCCUCCAGAAAAUUCGUCGGUAACAAGUCUUCUCAGGAGCCAUGCGCAUUUGACGAUACAUUUUGCUUAUAUCCGUCGAAAACAUACGGUCCUAUUCUGCGCGGCGUGUGACGUGAGACGACUAAACUCACCUCACUUUACGUGACUUUUUUCACCCGAUUCUGAGAGUCGACUCGGGUGAGGUGAGAUUCCCCAUUGCAGUUAAAUGGGCGUCUCACGUCACCCUUCAGAUUUGGGUGAGAAUAGUCACGUAGAGUGAGGUGAGAUUAGUCAUCCCACGUCACACGCCGCGCAGAAUAGGGCCGAUAAUAUCACGCUGCCGGAAACACAAUAUGAUGGAAAAUAGGUCUCGUUGCACAAUAGGGCCUACUUUAAGGACAUCGUUUAAUGAAAUUGCGGAUGACAUAGACUUCGCACUAGUAUCGAAAACUACGCGGCACUUGGUACAGGAACUGGAGGGACGAAUAACAGCAUGGUGUGGCACAAAAUACUUCGUUGGAUUGACUGGAUCGACUGCCUUCACUUCGUUACAAUGACCAAGUGUUUCGUAUUCUCAAAUAAAUUCGACGUACGGCAAUCGAAACUCAGAGCAAGGAAGCAAGCACUUUUCCAACAUCAAGAAUCGCUUGAAAGCUAAUGCGCGGCCAUCAUCCAACUGGCUGAAGGUAUCCUUAAAUGGAAGUCUUACGAUAAAUGUAAUUUUUUGUCAACAACUGAGCGAGAUCAGAGUGGAGUUAACAGAAAAUUUGCUUCACAUGACUGCUCUUCGGUUGACAACGUUGUAGCAUCGGAAACUUCUUCGAUCUUCCAGAACUGAAGCAUCAUCUCCUGUACUUUGUCUAUUGAUCCUAGGUUUGCAUGUUGCAUGGCAGGUCACGUUGGGCUCGUAGACUACUCAUCCUAGGUAGGUCUCUCUUAGCGAUAAUUAAAUGCCCAGGCUUUAGCAGGUCGAAAAAUAGUUCAGCUCCGACCAACAAAUCCAUUUUGCUGGCUCAUGGAACGCAGGAUCGGCAAGUUCAAUAUUACUGGGAAUAUUUUAUUUUUUACGUCGAGUAUGAUGACCGGUUACUUUUGGUGUAACUAGGCACUCUAUGUUAGCGUAGCGAAACUUAACAAAUGCCUUAUCCACUGAGAACUGACAUACAAGUAAAGUUUUCAACUUGUGUAAGAAAUAAAACUGUCGCUUUGAAAUGACAACAGCAAGUAGCAACUUGCCACUGGUCGGCGCUUCAAUCGCCCAGCAAUCGCUAUACGGGACUAGUGUGCAAACUUGGAUACAAUGGUGAUUAACGCAUGCAAACCUAUAUGCGAUGGUGAUUUUCAACGUAUUUUCAUUCAAAUGUUUACACAGGUUUUUCGGGAAAGUUUGCACUAGUUUAUAUGUCUGUUCUCUGUGCCUUAUCAUAGGCCAACGUUUUGAUAACAAUUAUUCCGACAAUAGGGAUCUUUAAUUUGGAAAAAUUGUGUCAGUCUUUCAUAUGCAUUGAUAGCGGGUUUCGUUACGAGUACACUCGUAUCAUUCUUAAACCUUAAUUAUUCUUUUCUGAUUUUUAAAUAAAAAAAAAACAAAUUAAAUUCAACCAACAAACUGACAGUUGUCCUACUAAAUGACGUAUCUGAAAAUAUCUCGUUCGCCUCAUUGUUAACCGGGACAGCACCCCACACAGCAUGAUCUGGUACUUUUGCAAUUCGCUAGCAGCCUGCCAUCCCAAGUUUCAUCUGCAAACUAUGGUAGAUCUGAUAAGGCAACCUAUAGAGUCGUGCAAGUCGCAUGGGUUUGGAUGUGUUGUUGUCCUAAAAGGAAACAAACUAAAAAAUGUUUUUUUUCAAUGGUUUUGGACCUAAAAAUUGGAAAAGGACUGAGAUAUUAACUCACGGUACUAAUCUGCAUCAGAAUAUGCCUUAACCCGCACACCCCUAAAGAUCCCUAUUGGAACCAAGAAUUUCGCCAUUCUUUCGAUCGCGAAGAUGACUUGUGAUUCACGGUUCAGUAGCACAAAUGGCAUUCAUGUGGUUAAUUAUGUCCUAAUAAACGUGUUAUUGCCCUGCUUUAAAGGCGACAGAGCAGUUAUAUUUAUGUUUUAUUAUUCUUAUCUCCUUGAAAGCGAGUCGUCUUGCGAUUUGAUGUUAUCUGAACUACUUUAAAAAUACGGGGCACCCCAACGCUUAUAAGUGUAUAACACGACAAUAAAUCAAUAGUAGCAUUUCUCGAAAAGGCAUCCGCGACUUUAUUGUUACGUGUUCGUCAAUUUCGAAAAUCUAUCAUCGGUUGAUUGUUCAUUUAGUCUCUCGUGGAAGGGUUAGUUUCUAUGCGUUCUAGUGUUAUGCGUAUUGUGUAAUAUUCCGUAUUUGCCGUAUCUAUUGCUAUACUAUUUCAAAUCCUAUUGAAGUGCGUCAGUGGUUAUCGUUAUGUGUAUGAGAGAUUCAAGGCAGAAUCACAACAGCAUUUAGUUGCUCACAUUGCGUUGAACGAGAUUGAGAGAAGUUUUAUUUGUUCUCUAAACUUUGUCGAAACGUCUUCUUUCAAGAGAGAGCCACUAACUUUAAAAAGAACAAAACUCAGUCAAUGUUUAUUCUCCUAAGAAGAUUAAUCAAAACAUGCUAAUCCUCAGUAACAUUCAAUCCACACGUGUUUUCGGCUACUAAGCAAGUAAGCAUACAUUUUAAUGUAAAUAGCAAGUUAAAAAAAACUGUACAUUCUAAAAAAAAACGAUAAAAACAUUGGUGCAGCAACAAAUAACGGAAUUUUAGGAUCUCAUUUUAGAAAGCCACAAAGAAAGCGAAGCAAAAUAACACAAAACCUAAAUUUAUUUUUUAGCAAAUACAAUCAAAUCCUCAAUAAAUAGAAAAAGCAAAAUAAUCAGCACGUUUGUUUAAUUUCGAAAACGGGCACCAGCAAUGAAUACUAAGUGAACCAUCCGAAAGGCGCGGGAGAUGGAAUUGUUAAAAGAUUGAGAUAAAAAAGUGCCCCGCAUUUCGUUUAUGCAUACUCUAGGUAACUUGGGCACAAAGUUUGCGCUUCGUGUGCUGGUAUUUUGUGAACAAAGUGCAAAUUAUUUUGUAAAUUACAAACACGCUGCGGAACGCUUGCGACAUGGGAUACAGACUACUAUUAGCAAUUAUCCAGCUAAACUACAGUUGCAGAAAAAAACAAAACACUGAUAAUUAUUAUGACUUACUGCCAUAUUUGAAAUAAAGAAUUAUUUGUCGUAUGCGAGUGAGUAUCGAAUGAAUGGAGAAAAAAAAUAAAACAGAAUGUGAUGUGUCAUAUUUUGGAAACAAAAAUAUAGAUCUAAAAUCAACAUGAUACAACGUGAGGUGUACCAGGACAUAAUUACGUACAGUAUGGUGCAGGGAAUGCCCGUUGAAUUACAACCUUAACCGUAAUUUUAAUUGGUUUUACAUUUUUGUUAUUUUCCAGCACUAAAAAGUAUCAUUGUAUCACCAGAAAACAAACAUAAAUACACUCACAAACACACGUGCGAACGUAAUAUAUAUGUUAGUAGCUAUUGGUGCAACAAAAGGAAGACACAAGAAGUUGUCUGUGUUUGUAAAAAAAGCAACCAAGCAUGCCGGCGAGUGAAAAGCAGCAUGCAUUAACAUUAAAUAAAAAUAAACCACAACAGGCAAGCAUUGAAUAAACGCUAUGUUGAAAAGAAACUGAAGAAAUGCAUUAGAAAGCAAAAGAACACAAUAGAAUUAUACCGAGUAUAUAAAAAGUAUAUAAUAUGAAUUGAAUUUAUUAUUAUUUUUUAAAUGAUAUGAAAUAGGUAAAAUAAAAGGUAUAAAACAAUAAAA